AUGAUGCGGUAUAGUGCUCCGCUGCGGUUGCAGCAAAGCUCGAACACAUCCAAGCGUAAGAAAAGCGUGCUAGCGGGUCUGAUCACGAGUCACCUCGGCAAACGAGGACUGGCUGUGAUGUCGACGCGAAACGUGCUGCUGCUCACCACGGGCUCAGCACUUGCUAACGGAUCCGCGGUUCUAGUACAAGCCCUGGACUCAAAAGCAGAUACUGACGCCCUCACAGCGUCCUACUCGGCGUUGACGAUAGGCGACGAGGCGAAAGCACCUAGCCAGGAGUUCAGCGCGCAACGAUCGGUCUCUGUGUUGCUCUGGUUCGACGACAACGUCGCUCCGAAUGCCCUGGUUGUAGACCCGGAAACCUAUCGGCUCUUGAGCGGUCCCUCGACCGAGCGGGACGCUCCAUGCCCGCCGCUAGCACGACUCGCCUACCUGGAUGCAGGAGCGAAGCCAUCGACAUUAUCCGUAUCGGAACUGGCAGCGAUCCCGACCGCUCGAAGCAUCUACUGCACGAUGGAGGAGACAACGGCAGCGCUGCUGCGACAGCGAGUUGAUCCUUCGGUCGACAUACGCACCGAGCUCGUGCGACACAUACGCUGGAGCGCCGCGGGUCGUCUGCUCUGCCAGGGCGGCUGGCUCGUUGGUGUACCUUUCAUGGGCGUUCUCUUGAAUAUCUGCAUUCGGGGCGUGAACAUCCGGUUAUCCCAGCGAAAUGCAGCAAUGAUUGCGGACAGCGACGCAGCAGGUGUCACUGGGGAGACUCGCGAUGGUUUCCAGCUCGACGCGCGUACUCGUAUCAUGCUGCAGACGGAACCGUUGCGGACGUGCUCUGUGGAGGGCGCUCCAGCGCUACACACAGAGCACGCUUGCAUGGAACGGUCUUUGAACGGUAGCGCAGCGCAUUCUCUUCCAGAAGCUCGCCUUGAAACAAGUACACACAUGUUGUGGGACACACUCCCGGGCAACGCUGAGGCACGAGCAAUACUCCUCCGCGCCGCUUUGGAUCUCUUUCGUGAUGCCGCCCGGGAUCACGUAUUCCGUAUUGAGGGAAUACUUUUAUGUGGACCCAGCGGGAUAGGAAAAACCACCUUAGGACAAGCGCUGGCACGCAAGUUGCCUGCCCACUUGGAACUGCUUCGUUGCGCAACGCUCGCGGGACUCGGAACGCGUCAGAUCCGACACCGCUUCGAGGAGGCCAUUGAGUUGGCCAUCAUGGACGCGCCCAGUGUGCUACUUAUCGAUGACCUUGACGCCCUAUUGAUGCGUCGAGAUGCGUUAGAUGCAUCCGAAGAGGUCGAACGCACAAACGCGAUGCUUCUGCGCUUUUUCAUGGACCUCCGCUCACACGAAAAGCGUCUGGAUAUCCGGUUACCUGAUGGAUCAGGAGCGGUGCUGGUUGUUGCCACCGUUCGUGAACGCGCCAGUGUGGACCGCGUCCUUGGCUCGAGCGGCUUCUUUGGUCUAGAGGUAGCGCUGCGUAUGCCGGAUCAUUCAGAGAGACUCGAAAUCCUCCAGAACCUGACGAGCGGAUCGUGUCCGGAUGCCUCUGCCGUUCUUCCAGAGGUAGCUGAGCAGACACGAGGCUUCACAGCAGCCGACUUGACGGCGCUCUGGAGGCAUGCGUCGUUUGCAGCAUGGAGCCGACGCUCGGCAACGAAUUCCGAUGCAGACGCUGUAGAUGCGUCGACCGGUGAAGCGCCGCACCCUAGCUCAGCUGACUGGCGAGAAGCGCUGGUCGUCACUCGACCCAGCUUCGCACCAGACUGGUCGUUGGAACGGCCUGUUACGCGCUGGUCCGAUGUUGGUGGCCAAGCGUAUGCCAAGCGCGUGCUGCAGGAGACCUUGGCGCUCCUGCAGGGCAGCGCGAAAGCACUGGAGGCACGCGGAUUCCGCCUGCCCCGCGCCAUCCUGUUGUACGGACCUCCGGGCUGCAGCAAAACGCUGCUCGCUCGUGCUGCCGCCGCUGAGAGUCGUCUACCCAUGCUGAUGGUCCGAGGCCCGGAACUCUUCAACAAAUACGUGGGCGAGAGCGAAAAGGCAGUGCAACGCGUAUUCCAACGUGCUCGUGCCGCCGCUCCAUCGUUGCUCUUCUUCGACGAAAUUGACGCUCUGGCCACGAAUCGUUCCCGAGCGGCUUCCGACGGAUCCACGGGAGCAGAAGAGCGUGUUCUUGCGCAACUCUUAACGGAACUUGACGGUAUUGAUCCACUCCGCGAUGUUGUGGUGCUCGCGGCAACCAAUCGACCGGAUCUUUUGGAUGAGGCGCUUCUACGACCCGGUCGCUUCGACCGGUUGGUAUACGUGGCAUUACCGGAAACGGAGGAACGUGAGCAUAUCCUCGCGAUUCAUCUGGGGAAAGUGCCUCUCGCUAUGUCAAUGCAAACCUGUGGUUCAGAUGCUUCGACCGCUGCUCCCGCAACAUCUCGAGAGAGGCUCUGUGCGGAGCUCGCUGCUCGCACCGAAGGCUACAGUGGUGCCGAACUCGCUGCGCUUGUCCGAGAGGCAUGCCUGCUGGCCAUGGAGGAGAAUCCAGCGAACGCCGACUGCAUCCAGCCGUACCAUCUGCUGGAGGCGCUGCAGCGUGUUCGCCCGCGAACAGACCCGAACCUGUUGCGUGUAUAUGAGCGCUUUCAGGCAACACCACGGGGUCAGCGCUCCUUGUCCAGACUGAAAGCAUCCAGCAGAUAG